UCCGUGUGACGUCAUAAAACCUACGCGUCGCGCGGGGGGCGGGAGUUGGCUGACGGUCCCUGGCUGGCUCUGGAGGUCUUGGGACCGCGGAGGAGGCUACAGAUGGUGCAGCGAUGCCUCGCCCACGGCGGGUCAGUCAGCUCCUGGAUCUAUGCCUUUGGUGCUUCAUGAAGAAUAUUUCCAGAUAUAUCACAGACAUUAAGCCUUUGCCUCCCAACAUAAAAGAUAGACUGAUUAAAAUAAUGAGCAUGCAGGGGCGGAUAACAGACUCAAAUAUAAGUGAGAUUUUACAUCCUGAAGUCCAAACUCUAGACCUACGGAGCUGCGACAUAUCAGAUGUUGCUCUCCUGCACCUGUCUACCUGUAGAAAACUGAAGAAAUUAAAUUUAAAUUGUUCAAAAGGGAAUCGAACUUCCGUAACUUCAGAAGGAAUAAAAGCUGUGGCUUCAUCUUGUUCAUACCUACAUGAAGCUUCUCUGAAACGGUGCUGCAAUCUCACUGAUGAAGGAGUCGUUGCUCUUGCACUCAAUUGCCAGCUGUUAAAGAUCAUCGAUUUAGGUGGCUGCUUAAGUAUUACUGAUGUGUCCUUACAUGCAUUAGGAAAAAACUGCCCGUUUUUGCAGUGUGUUGACUUUUCAGCUACUCAGGUAUCUGACAGUGGUGUGAUUGCACUUGUUAGUGGACCUUGUGCCAAGAAAUUAGAGGAGAUUCAUAUGGGACAUUGUGUAAAUCUGACUGAUGGGGCUGUUGAAGCUGUCCUUACUUACUGUCCUCAGAUACGCAUAUUACUCUUCCAUGGAUGCCCCUUGAUAACAGUGGCUGGAUUUGGUGUGCUGGUGUUUUGUCAAGCAUUUUUUAGUCUAUAUUAAUAAAAGAUCCUGGUCUGCAGUUUUAUUUUUAUGUGAUGUCUUUGUCUGGCUUUAGUAUCAGGGUAAAACUGAUCUCACAGAAAGAAUUGGAAAGUGUUCCCCCUUCUUCUAUAGCCACUCCAGUUUUGUCAUGGUUGCCAUUUAAAUGCUACGUCUUUGUCUGUUCUUUCACUUUCAACAUAGUUUGAACCUAUCUUUGAUUUAGAUUUCCUCUGCAAUAACCAAUAAUAUUUUUAUGACCAUGAAUAAAACUGUAUUUAUCUUACUAGCUGCUUUUUUAAAAAACUGAAUUAUAAACCUUUGUUUUCCCAAUGAUAAUUUCUCAUUUCUAGACACACUCUGGUUCUUUUGCUGGCAAUAAACCUUGGUAUUUUUGCUUAAUUUUGUUUAACUUAGAAUAAAAUUUGGUCACCAUAUAUGUUGAGUCAAUCUUUUUUUUUUUUUUUUCCUACUGGUCUGUGAAAUCUGUAAGUCUAGGAACCACCAAAUUACAGGAUUUCCAAGACUGGGUUAGAGAUACGUUGUACAUAAAACAUAGGUUGUAUCUCUGGAAACAAGUUUGUUAAACUUAUGAAUAAACUAACAAAAUUUUGUCAGUAUUUUUGCUUUAAUUCAGAUUUUGUAAAGACAUUCUAAAGCUGAGAUGGGAACCAUAUCAAAAUCACAACUGUACAUUGUGAAAACUGAAAACCAUCUAUAUGCCCAAUAAUAUAGAUUGGUUUAAUUACAGUAUAUUUAUAUAAUGGUUAUCUAUUUAAAAUCCUGCUUUAUAAUAGUAUUACACAGACAUGGAAAGAUGUUCAACUACAGGUAAACUUGUCACGUUCUGGUGACUGCUACCUCCUCUAACUCUGGGUGUGUUGCAGCUUCCCAAAGUGGUUUAACAUCCCUACUGGCUUUCUUUAAUCCUGCUCACUUUUUUGGUAAAUAUUCCCUUCAUUAAAUCCUGUUCAGCCACCUCACUUCAGUGAGUCAUCUAUUUCUGGCUAAGACCCUGAAAAAGGUUAUUAACCAUUAACACAGGUUAAUGGUGAAAAUACCAUUACUCUGGUUGGUGAAAUUAUGAUGAAAUUACAGAGAAAACAACAAAUACCUGGUUUUUUUUGUUUGUUUGUUUUUUAAACAAGUAUUACCAUGAUAGGUGCACUAUACCUAAUAAUAGUGAUGGCUACCAUUAACUAAUUAUUAGUGAGUUAGUUGUAUACUGUGCUUUAUAAAUCACUUCCUUUAAUCCUUUAAAUUAUUGUAUAAUAGUUAACAUCACCUCCAGUUAGACAUGAGGAAACAUUAAACAUUUUUUAUUAUUGUGGAUUAAUAUAGUUUCAUUGU